AUGGCCGCUCCAGCUGAUAUCACGAUUAAAAACUUCACUGGGCAGUGGGUGAUGGACACCACCCAGUCUGAUCCCUUUGAUCCUAUCCUAGGUCUGCAAGGUGUGAGCUGGUUGCUCCGUAAAGCUCUCGGGUACGCCACCGUCACACUUCAUAUACGCGAGUAUACCGACCCAAAAGACUCGAUCUACCACAUCGAUAUUCAGCAGGUUGUGACCGGCGGCAUUAAGGGUAACAAGGAGGAGCGCAAGAUGGACUGGGUUAUGGGUGAGCACAAGGACAACGUCUUCGGCAGGGUGAUAGGCUGCUCCCGCUUUAUCUGCGGAAUACAGGAUGAAGACGGCAAAUUCCGUCCCGCGCUCGAUCUACAGACAAAGGUUGCCGAAAAGACUAAUAACACAAUCAAGCGAUUCUUACGUGGUGAAAUAUUUGCCGAUGGUUCCACUUGUGAAGGGUUUAUUGCGGAUGCGGACGUUGCGGACGAGGAGUUAUCUGUACAGAGCUGGGUUGUAAAUGCUACCAGUGGUUGGACUGCCGAGCAGGUUUGGGGCUUUGAGAUUAUCGACGGAAAGCGCUAUCACACUCGUCGUGUUGCGGUCGCUAAGGGCAGCAAGCUUGAAAUGGCUCGCCUAGUUUACACCUUCAUUGGUCAUGAGCUCCUAGCCGAGGACCAGGAGGAUAAUCUUGCUUAUAAGUGA